CGUGAUAUCAGUGCGGGCCUCUUGCCUAACGAUUCUCGGCCACCGCCGAUUCAGCCCAGGUCGCGUCACCCAAUUGAACAUUUCCGCUGCCGAUCGCCGUUCUGAACGCCGCGGUUUGCGCGAUCACCGUCGAUUCCGGCAAUCAGUGUUUGACUCGCGGCGAAUAAAGUGCUGGGCCGUGCGGGUCUUUAGCCUGUACACGCGAGCGAUAUCGUCGAUUACGUUCCCGUGGAGACGAUCAGUGAAAGGGACGCCAAGCCCUCAACGCGCCGCGCUCUGCCAUGGCCUCGGGGUCGCGGCCGCGCGGGGCCCGGGCACCGAGCGGCACGGGGACCCGGGGCCGUGGGGCGGGGGCGGUGCGGGGCCGCAACCUCCUCGCCGUGCUCGGGUUUACUGUGAAAACUCUGCUCGAGAGAUCGAAUUUUGAACCAGUAGACGAGAGCGUUGAAGAGUUUAUCAAUUUUGCAGCUGCACUGGAACAGUCACUUAAUCACAACUUGAGAGGUCACGUGACGUGGUUCGGCGUUGAGAACACGAGACAUUUUUGGGAUUACAUACGAGAAGCGUGCUGGCGUGUCCCAAACAACUGCAUCAGCAGCGUGCAGAACAUGGAGCAGCUCGCACUGUCAGCUGCCAAGGGGCGAGCGUGGAUCCGGGUGGCCCUCAUGGAAAAGCGUCUCUCCGAGUACGUGUCGGCGGCGCUGAGGGAGGUGCACAUGACAAGGAAGUUCUAUCGGGAAGGGGCAUUUCUGCUUGGGGAGGAGGGGGUCGUGCUGGCAGGGAUGCUUCUCGGCCUCAACUCGAUUGAUUUUAGCUUUUGUUUGAAAGGUGAUGCAAUGAAAAUUAGUAAGCCAGCCUCGAUCGACUACACCCCUUACUUGAGCUUUAAACAAAGCGUCUGCAGUGAUGAGGACCUGACGACAUUGGGAAGUGGCAGUGGAAGCACGUCUCUUGAAAAUGACAUUUUCUCUGACGUCUGUAAAGAGGAGAAAGCCUGGUGUAUGAAGUAUCAAAAAAUGGAAAAAAAAAUCAAUGUUAUUUGUGAGCAAAAGGCAUACCUGGAGGAGCUUGUGCAUCUGCGAGAGGCCCAGAUAGAAGAUAUUUCCACUCGACACCAAAAUAACCUAUUUCUCAUGGAGGAAAUGAGCUUAACGACUCGUGUGGAGGAGCAGCAGCUGCAGGUCAUCACGUGGGAGCUCAAGCAACAGCUGGCCAAAGUGAAGCUCCAGGAUCAGUGUUCGAGACAAGAUCUCACCAACUUCUUUACAUCUCAGUGCUUUUCCCCCCCCUCCUGGACUGUGGAAAAUGUGGCGAUGAACACCAUGAUUUGUCAAAGAGAGCAUACAAGAAGUCUUCUGAGUCUGGAGAAUCUCUCAGGAGAUAGUAGCCCCUUCUCUCUUCACGGGGACACCUCCCACUCACAACUGGAUUCCGAAGCAAAUUCUGCUGCUAACUGGAAGCAAAUGGAUGAAACUCCCUCUUUGCUGGGAUUGUGCGGAUCACUGUCAUCGCUUACAAGCUACAAGUCUCUGACGAGCCUGAAGUCAGCAGAUGACCCUGCCAGCCCUGCACAAGAAGGCCUUUUAUAAACAGAUUGUAUUCUAAAUCGUGCAUUUGCAAUGCCACAAUCGCUUGUUGCUGUUAUUUUCAAUGCGUCACUUUUUAAAUAAACAUAUGAUACUGAAGUUGUUGGAUUAAGACAACGGUUAAAAGUCUGCUUUUCUAUGUUCAAGGUUUAUGGUAAAAAACAAAAUGCAUGGCAGUAAUAUUCACAUUAAAAAUAAUAACAUAUGUAAACGUACAAAUAAGCACGCGAUCAUGUUUGGUAAUUUACUGCCAUAUAAUCAAGUCAGAAUAUCAGGAAAGGUGGAGGCUGCUGCCAGAACAUUCCGAUUCGUUAUGAGGCCUAAAGAAUGGACUCACAAUAGGGUUGCGAGUACAAAUCUUUUUUGCGGGUGACUCCGUCCAUCAUUCUUCCCGUGUCGAUACAAUUCCUACUACUCUGUGGGAAAGCCAACAGUGGUUAUCUUAUGGAGAGACUCUCCACUGCCAUAUGAAUGUGGAUUUUUUUCACCACUUGCUCAGGGCUGUAAAGCGGAGAAGAGCACCAUCUCAAAGCUUAUUUGAGUAGGAAAUCACUUUGACUUUAUGACUUAGAAUUGGUGUCUAUUUAAAGUGAACUAUCAUACAUCACAACGUGUAAAGCAAGACUGCAUAUGAACAAUUUUAGUAUGUGGUAGUAGCUGCUUCUUUUGCUUCAUUAUCCAAUGCUGUAUAUUUACUUGGAUGUAACUCUUCCAAAACAAUAAAAAAAAUACUGGCUGCCGAAAA